UGUCUUCGCAGCAGGCCAGAUAUAACAUCUCAAAUAACGCUCCUCGCGCUCAGCACGCUGGAUACGCCUCCGUCCACGUUCAGAGCCCGAGCACCAUUGCGCACGUCGACCCGCCCCCAUGUCGAACUUCGGCAUCGAUGAAGCGCAGCUCGUCGCUCUCUUCAUGGAGAGCGCAGCCUGGGGCAUGCAGUUCGUGACCACCGCCAUCUGUAUCUACACGCUCGUGAGCACGUCGCGGAUGUCCAAGCGCCCACUCAACAUCCCGCUCCUCGUCUACGCGAUUAUGCUGUUCAGCUUCGGGACAUUGGAUGUCGCGUUCGCUCUCCACCGCAACAUCCAAGCCUUCGUGUCUUACAAGGGGCAAGGUGGUCCGGAUAUCGUGUUCAACCAAAUAUCUGACUACGUGACUGUCCUGCGGAGCGUAUGGAACUUCCUGGCCGUUCUCGUUGCGGACUCCGCUCUGAUCCACCGCUGCUGGAUCAUCUACGGCCGGAGAUGGAUCUACGUCAUUCCUUCAAUACUCAUCUGGCUCGGAGGCUUCGCGUGCGCCUGCGCGGAGACAUAUUACACCUCAACGUUGGACAAGUCAACCAACUUGGCUGGGGCGACGAAGAUUGAGCCUUUCCUCAACGCCUUCAUCGUGUGCGGGGUCAGUCUGAAUAUCGUCACGACUUCACUGAUUCUCUACCGCAUCAACCUCAUUCACCGCGCUUCCGCUCGCUACUUCUCGAAGAACUCAGGGGGGACAACCGUGAGCAGCCGGCUGCAGUGGCCCGAGCUGACUCGGAUCCUCGUCGAGUCCGCGAUCGUAUACACGUUGUCUGGAAUCGUCCUUCUCAUCGUGAACUUCGCCGGUAGCAACGCUGUAUACCCCACUUCCGACAUUAACUUACAGAUCGCUGGUAUCCAGUUCGACCUGAUCCUCAUCCGGGUGAACCGGGGCAUCGCCGCGGAGCACGUCGAGGCGCAGACAAGCAUGCAGACGAUGCAGUUCAACCUCCGUGCGCUCGACCGCUCCGCGCAACCCCCGGGAUGCAGAUCACCGUCACACACGAUACGAGCAUGUCGACCGGCCUCCGCUCGUUCUCCGACAUCGAGAGCAAAAAGGGCGGGCAGCACGACUUCGUGCAGACCGUCAGGGUUACGGACAUUGACAAUGACUACGUUUAGUAGUUCUGUGCUGCGUGGGACUGAGAUUUACGUUCUUUUGUUGGGUAGUCGGGUGUAUUGGACACUGUUAUUGCUAGUGUGUUACUGUAUUCUGCUACUACGUACUGAGAGAGAGACGUGAUGUUGGACCUGUUUGAUGUACUAUUGUCUUCAAGUUGUAGUACUACUGUGGCUGAUAGACCACAUAUUCACACUCGUGCGACGAC